GCGUCAGCGGCCAUUUCACACUAAUGGCUUUUUCCCCCCGAGGAGCAAAAACAGUUGGGAGUCUCCAGAGCUGCCGUGCUGGUUCAUUUACAACUUUGUUAGCAGUUUGACGACUCGAAAUGUAGAGCAUAGUUUGACUUCCAAACUUGAGCAUGGACGGCGUUAUUUACACUAAAAAAUAAUUAUUUACACUAUAAAAUGUUGUUUUAAUGAGUAGCGUUUGUUUGCUGGAGCUCGCCUCGCUGUGGAGCCGCUGAUGGGCUCCUGCACCUACAGCCAGAAAAUCCACUCACUCGCUUGGACGAAGUGAUCAUAAACUCAUUUCUAGUGCUUAUCCUGGAUUAUGCUACAAUGGGGAUUUAUCUGUGGAUGAUACUCCUUCUUCUGAAUAACACAGUUCAAGGGUUAAAGUUUACCAAGAACCCAGCCAACCUCACGGUAACCCAGGGUAACAUGGCCCGUUUAGGCUGUGCUGUUGAGGGCUUAAUCGAGCCGGAGAUUGUAUGGAUGAAGGAUGGAGUAAAACUGUACAGCAUGGACCAGAUGUACAUCACUAUAGACACCCAUCACUGGGAGACAUAUCACAGUGUGAAAUCAGUCCAGCAGCAGGAUGCUGGGAAAUACUGGUGUGAGGUUGAACAUCAUGGCACAGUCAUCUCCUCUGAGCCAGCCUGGCUCACAGUGGAAGGUGUACCCCACUUUACACUGGAACCCCAGGAUAUAGCCACAUUUCCUGAUACUCCCUUUAACCUGACAUGUGAAGCUGUUGGGCCUCCUGAACCUGUGCAGGUGCUCUGGUGGCUAGGGGGAGUACAAGAAGGAGAUUUCAGGCCCUCCCCAUCUGUGCUCUUGGUAGAAGGUGUGAAUGACAGCCUAAAAUUUUACUGUGAAGCCAAGAAUGCUAGGGGUAUUUCUGUGUCUAGGACUGGCACUGUGUAUAUUAAAGUACCUCCCGACUCUCCUACGAAUAUAAAGAUUGACCAGGUGUCUGAUAAUGUGACCAUCAUGUGGAGCCCAGGGUUCACUGGCUAUUCUGACUUGUCCACCUGCACCAUUCAGAUGUCUAAGAGCUCUGGGAGGAAGGUAAAACUUCCUGACCAGCAAGUUACAGUGCCGCCCUUCCAGCACACGGUUGGUGGACUCAGCAGUCACUCCAAUUACAGCUUCCGAAUCCGCUGUGGUAAUGAGGUUGGGUCCUCCCCUUUUUCUCCUUGGAUGGACUUUCAGACUCCAGAAGCAGUGCCCUCAUCAGCACCCAAGAACCUUACAUUUCACUUGACGGAGCAGCAGCUUUCUCUGACCUGGGCAGCUCUUGAAGAAGAAGAGCUGAAUGGACGACUGCUGGCCUAUAAGGUGCAAUGGAACGUGGGAGGAGAGAGUCAGGAGCCAUUACUGUUUAAGGAAAACUUUGCUCAUGUCUCUGGAGGUGCCCGCUUCUUCAAUGCCACUUUUCAAGUGGCUGCUUGUACAGUGGUAGGAUGUGGGCCCUUGAGCCAGCCAGUUCUCAUUAUGCCAGCUUCAGCUGUGCAGGCUCAGUCUUCAAGAGGGCACAUGUGGGUGGGUCUGCUUUUUGGACUGCUGGUGGCCACCGUUCUGGGACUUCUGCUAUUAGUCCUGGUACACCACAGAAGCAAAGAGUCUCAAUUUGGCAGAUCUGCAUUCAAGUCAGCAGGGAUGGAAUCUGUGGUGUCCUUCACUGCAGCAAGAUCCUUCAACAGGCAGGGCUUGGAGCUCCCAGAACACACGUUGGACAGUCUGGGCAUCAAUGAUGACUUGAAGACCAAGCUGCGGGAUGUUCUCAUCCCAGAAAGGCUUCUCACCUUAGGGCACAUGCUAGGAAAAGGGGAGUUUGGCUCAGUGCGAGAGGCCUUUCUCAAGAUGGAGGACAGCUCCAUGCAGAAAGUAGCAGUGAAAGUACUGAAAACUGAUAUCAACUCUUCAAGUGAUAUAGAGCAGUGCCUUAAAGAGGCUGCCUACAUGAAGGAUUUUCAUCAUCCUAAUGUCAUCCAGCUCAUAGGUGUGAGUCUGCAUAGACGACCCCAGCAACGGUUACCGAUUCCUAUGGUGAUCCUUCCCUUUAUGAAACAUGGCGACCUGCAUACUUUCCUCCUUAUGUCCCGUCUGGGGGACGAACCCUUUACUCUCUCCCUACAAACUCUUGUCCAGUUCAUGCUGGAUGUUGCUCGGGGAAUGGAAUAUCUUGGCAGCAAAAACAUCAUCCACAGGGAUUUGGCUGCUCGCAACUGCAUGUUGAAUGAGAACAUGACUGUAUGCGUAGCAGACUUUGGUCUUUCCAAGAAGAUCUACACUGGUGAUUAUUACAGACAAGGGUCUGUCUCAAAGUUACCAGUGAAGUGGAUUGCACUGGAAAGUUUGGCUGACAAUGUUUAUACAACGCAAAGUGAUGUGUGGGCUUUUGGGGUGACCAUGUGGGAGAUUAUGGCUCGAGGACAGACUCCUUAUCCUGGGGUGGAGAACUCCGAAGUCUAUGAAUACCUCAUCAAGGGUGAAAGGCUCAAACAGCCACCCGACUGUCCUGAUGACAUUUAUGAGAUCAUGCACAGCUGCUGGUCUCCUGUCCCCAAGUGCCGUCCCAGUUUCCAACAACUGGUAGCUCAGUUAGAGGGUCUCUGGACUGAACUUUCUCCAGCGGCCACAAAGGAGCCACUGCUGUAUGUGAACCUGGAAGAUGGUGACGGGGAGCCGGAUUCAGGGCUUGGGGCUACUGCCGACACGCUGGGCACUUACGAGUCACAGUGGGGCGUGCCUUGGCAAUGUGCAGAUAUGGAGGAGGAUGAAAAAGACUGGCUUGUAGUGUCCUCAGGGGCUGCGCUGGCUAUCGGCGGUGACUAUCGCUACAUUAUUGGCCCAUGUGGGUCAACAGACAGGGAGAGCAGACAGUCUGAAGAUGGCCUCUCGGAGGAUAUCAAAGAUGACGAAGAGGAUAUUAUCAUAAAUGUGUGACUGUUUUUUAAUUAUAUCCAACCUUUCCUGACUGAACUAAUCACAAACUACUGUACACAAACAGGUGGGACUGAAAAGCAGUGAAAGGAUGAUGUAUCAGCAAGUCCUGAUAGACUGGAGGAAUUUGUGAGAUGUGUAUGACAUAAAGAACAUGCUAACACACUAUUCUGUGGGACAACAUAGACAUAUACAAUCAACUAAUACCAUGAAGUAGGCAUAGUUUUCAAAGGUAGUUAGAUAUUAAUAAAUGUUUACAAGCCUGUAACAAUAUCGAGUUUUCACAGUGAACAGCUCUAAAAAAAUGUCAACUAAAAGUGGGUUUGUUAAGUUUGUACCAUGAGCACUGAUUUACUGCACUUUUAAUGGUUCUCACUAAGGCUGAUGUAUUUCCUUUUUCAGAAGUCUCUUGCUUUUACUUUGCCAUGAAAGAUAAUAGUUUUUGUCCUUUUACAAUGCCAGUAUUGCAAAGUUUGUACAUCUACACAGGAUUAGUGAUUUGGUGCAUUACACAAAUGGUGCAUGUCAUAAGCGUCUUACAAAUGUCCACAUUACAGCAUUCUGUAUUAAUGGAUGUGAAGUGCUGAGAUUUCUGUUAUUGUUUUAGGUUAUUUUAAUGUUAAAUGGCUUCUUUCAAAAAAUGGUGCAGAAUUCACGUGUGCUUUAUUAGGGGAGAAUAACUUAUUUGAUAUUGCACAUUUUGCAUUUUCCGUUACUUCAUUAGUGCAUAAGAACUAAAAUUUGUUUUUCUGUUUGCAUGUUUUAAACUGUACCCUUUAAGAGUGUAUGUCUUAAAGUAUUUAACAUUCCUUAUCUGAAAUUGAUAUGGCUAUAUUAUGCAGUAACACAAUAAGUAACUAGCAUCAUGCUGUCUAACCAGGAAGUUGAAUUUUUUAUUUUUUAAAGAGUGCACAUUAGAACAGAAAAUGAGAAAAGAGUUUUAUUGUGACUAUGGUUGUACACAGAUCAAGCUUAGGACAUGUAAAAAUGUAAGUGAUGUACAGGCAACAGUUAACAGAUAGCAUUCCAUCAACUAUUCCAUAAAAAACAGCCUUAAGCUGACACUUAUAUACAAAACUUUCAGGUUCUUUUUGUUUCAAAGUGUUUAAUGGGAAUGUUCCUUGAAACAGUGUUACAAUGGAGCUGAUAUUAUCCUCAACUGGACUGGAACGUGUUUCUGUACAACACACAGAUGAUUUUGAAAAAAAAAAAUAAAUCAAAA